UGUUUUACAAAGUGCAACAGAGUUGCGUUAUGGCAUUGGUGAAAAGCGGCUGGCUGCAUCGGCAAAGUACUAUAUUACGGCGCUGGAAGAAGAACUGGUUUGAUCUGUGGUCUCAUGGUUACUUACUGUUUUAUGAUGACCAUCAUCGGCGGGAUCUUGAAGACAGAAUCCACAUGAAAAUUGACUGCAUCAAUGUCAGAGUGGGAAAUGAAUGCAGAGGGUUGCAGCCUCCUGAGGGGAAGCCUAGAGAUUGUUUGCUGCAGAUUGUUUGCCGUGAUGGGAAGGUGCUCAACCUUUGUGCGGAAAGUGCUGAUGACUGCUUGGCUUGGGAAAUUGCUCUCCAAGAUUCCAGAACAAGUGGGGCCUAUAUUGGUUCUGAAGUGACGUACGAUGACUCGUCAAUCUCUUCAGCUCCCCCUCCAUACACAGCUUAUGCCACACCAUCAUCUGAGGCAAGUAAAUGUUUGUAAUUUCCUCAGGUUUAUGGCUACCCACAAUACAAUGGUACUUAUCCACCUCCGGGGGCUCAGGUCAUCUUUACUUCCAAUGGACAGACAUAUGCCAUCCCUUACCAAUAUCCAAACCAAGGUCCUUACAGGCAGCCUCCUACAAACCAUUUCAUCAUUCGAGAACGGUACCGGGAUAGUGAUGGAGACCUUGCCCUGGGCAUGCUUGCCGGAGCAGCGACAGGAAUGGCCCUGGGCUCAUUGUUCUGGGUAUUCUAGGUUUCUGCUAGAGCCAUAAAGUGAGGAAGAUCCAAAACCUUUUAUUUAUUCUGUGUAUAAUAAUUAUAUAUAUUUUCAAAGUACUCCUGUUGAAUCUACAGAUUU